AUGAAAGUAUAACAUCAAAUUUUGGAUGAAGAUCUACUAUUAGAAAAUUCAUAAAAUUACUUAUCUUAAUAAAAUCUUACUAGUUUAUUCUUUACUCAAAUCAAUAAACUUAUCUAAUCUAAAGAAAGAAUUAUUACAAUUGAAGAUGUAGAAACUACUUUAAGUGAUUCUCAUUACCUACCUGAUGGAUUAAUUGGUCAAUAUGAUAUGAGUUUUGAGAAUAAUCAACCCAUUUUGAUGACUUUAAAGAAAAUGUUUCUAUAAAAUUUUAUAUGGAUAGGAUUACUCAAAUUUAUCUCAAUCUGCUUUUUAUUCACCACUCCAAUAUUAAUCAAUUAUUUGACCAUUUCACUUGAUUAAUCAGUAAAUGAUUUUUUAAUCUAUUCAGCAGCUGUUUUAUUCUCAACCUUAUUAUCAGCUAUUACUGACACGUAAUACAAUUACUAAAUUAAAAUUCUAGAGUUUAAAUGUAAAUCCUUUUUAAUCUAAACACUUUAUAAUUCUAUUGAGGCUUAAUCUAAUUUAGAUCUAAUGAAUCUUAUCAAUAUCGAUGUUAAUACUAUUAUGAAUUUCUUUAUUAGCUUUCAUGAAUUUUGGUCUUUAAUUUUAAAAUUGAUUAUUGGAAUGACUAUUUUAUACAUCUAAAUUUAAGAAGCUGUUUUUAUAGGAUUAGCUACAGCUGUUAUUUUAAUGCUUGUCAAUUUUGCAAUUGCUAAUAAAAUUGGUCAUUAUUAUUCUUCAGGUUUAAUUUUUAAAGAUUAAAGAAUGAAAGCAAUUAAAGAUUUUAUUACCAAUCCUAAAUCAAUCAAAUUUCUCAAAUGGGAAAAAAAAUGGGAAUCCAAAGUUAUGGCUAUUAGAGAUAAAGAAUUUGAUAUUAUAGCAGGUUCUAAAUGGUUAGAUUCUCUAUGUGUAUUAUUUUGGUCUAUUACUAAUACAUUAAUCUCUUCAAUUACCUUAUACAUUUAUUCAUAAAAUAAUGAUCUAGAUAAUGUUUUUACAAUUAUUUUUGUAUUUUCUUUAUUGACUAAUCCCCUUAAUUCAUUACCUUGGACUUUAGCUGGAAUGUUAUAAGCAAAGACAUCUUUUAUUAGAAUUAACUCUUUUGUUAUAAAACAAAAAGAUAAAAAGAUUUUUGAAGAGGGAAUAGAAAUUAAUCAAGCAGAAUUAAAAUGGGAUUUUGAUAAUGAAUUCACAUUGAAAAUUCCUCAUUUCAAAAUUGAUCAUAUAGUAUUUAUUGGUGGAAAAGUUGGAUCAGGAAAAUCUUCAUUUUUAUUGGCACUUUUAAACUAAAUGAAGGUUUAAUCAGGCUUUUUUUAAGUUAAUUAAAAUUUUUCAUAUGUUUCUCAACAUAGUUGGCUUUUUAAAGGAACAAUUAAAGAAAAUAUUCUUAUGGAAUCAAAAUUUGAUGCAGGAUUAUACAAAUAAUGUUUAUAAUAAAGUAAUUUAAUUGAUGAUAUCAAAUAAUAUCCAGAGAAAGAUUUAUUUGAUGUAGGUCCUGAUGGAUCAAAGCUUUCUGGUGGAUAAAGACAAAGAGUAUGUAUUUGUAGAGCUUUAUACAAUUAAAAUAAUAUUUAUCUUAUGGAUGAUAUCUUCAGUAGCUUAGAUCCUUAUGUAGGUGAUAGUAUUUUUAAUAAUUUAAUAAAACUUAAAAAACCAAUCAUAUUUGCAUUAAAUGAUAAUUAUUUAUAGAGAUACAAGAAAUAUGCAAAUUAAAUUAUAAUUAUAAAGGAUGGAUAAAUGAUUUAUGAUAAAUAGGAGGUAGAGAUGUAUUUUGAAGAUUUAUAAGAAUAGACUUUUGAUUUAAAAGAGUAAAAGAUCAAUGCUAUAUAAUAAGAAAUAGUUUAACAAAUAAGUGAAAACUAAAAAUAAGAUGAAAUAAAAUAAACUUAAAAGUCAGUAUCCUUUUAUUUAAAAGCUUUAGGUUUGUAUAAUUUUUUGUGGAUAUUAGUUUCAUUAGCCUUGAUGUAAGUCUCUUUUAAUUUAUAUGACUUAUGGUUAAACUCAUAUGUCAAUGAGAAUCCAUUAUUUAUCUUUAACAACUCGUUUGUUUUUACCUUAUUCAUGAUAGUUUUAUUAGAUUUUAUAAUAAAAUUAUCAAGAGCUGUUUCUUUUGCUUAUGGUAAUUUAGUUUAAGCAAAAAAAAUAUUUGUUAAACUAUUGAGUAAUGUGAUACAUGCAAAAUGUUAAUUUUUUGAUGUUGAAGAGAGUGGAUAGAUUUUAAUAAGAUUUUCAGAUGAUUAAAAUGUAGUAGAUAAUAGAUUUCCAUUUGAGUUAAAUUUAUUGUGCAAUAAUGUUUUUAAUUUUAUAGGAACAUUUAUUGUUUUAGUAGUUCUUCAAUAUUAUUUAAUAUUGCCUGUAAUAGUGUCAGCACUAAUAUUUUAUAGAUUAUAAUAGUUAUAUAGACCAACAAGUUUGUCAUUACGUCGAUUAGAUGCAGAAACAAAUUCAAAUUUGGCAACUUCAAUUUUUGAAUAAUUCAAAGGCAUUCUAACUAUAAAUGCAUUUAAUAAAAGGACAGAAUUCCGAAGUAAAUUUAUAAAUAUAAAAUUAGAUAUAUUUCUUCGUAAAUUAAUUUAAGCCACCCAAGUUUAAUGGUGUAGUAGAGUAAUAGCAUUAUGGUUAUAAAUAAGAUUAUAGUUGGUAGCUAGUUUUAUAGUAUUAUUUAUAUUAUUAUUUACUGCUUUAAGUUUAAUCUAUGAGCUUCCUAUAAGUAAGUCAACUUUAUAAUUGUUGUUGUAUUAUUCCUUAACAAAAAUUAGUUUAUUUAGAGAUUUAACAUUAUCAUUAACAACUUGUGAAUAAGAGCUCGUAUCAUAUGAAAGAUAAAGUAAGUAUUGCAAUCAUUCUAUUGAAUAAAAUAAAUGCCUUAAUUAUUCAGAUGAUAUAAAGUUUAAGGAUAUAAAAUUAUAGUAUUUUAAUGGAUAGAUGGCUCUGAAAGGAAUAAAUUUAGAAAUAAAAUAAGGAGAAAGAAUUGCAUUUUGUGGUAGAACAGGAAGUGGCAAAUCUUCAAUUUUGGCUGUACUAUUUCAAUUAUAUGAACAAACUGAAGGUUAAAUGUCAAUGCCAUCAUCAUAGCUUUUUGAUUGGAGAAACAAAGUUGGUGUUAUUCCUUAGUUAGGAUUUGUAUUUAAUGGGACUUUGAGUGAGAAUCUAGAUUGUUCUGAUUAAGAACAAAUAUCAAAGUAUAUUACAAUGGAUAUUAAUUCUUAAAUUGACUCAAACUAAAUAUCUUAAGGAAUGAGAUAAUUGAUUUCUUUUUCUAGAGUGGCAUUAUAAAAUCCUGAUAUUAUUUGUUUAGAUGAAGCUACUGCGAGCGUAGAUUAAUAGGUUGAAGAUUUAAUUUAGUAAUACUUAAGGGAUUGUGGUAAAACCAUCAUAACUAUAUCACAUAGAUUAGAAGCACUAAAAGAUUAUGAUAGAAUUUAUUAUCUUGAAAAUGGAUUGAUUUUUGAAUAGGGUACAUUUUAAGAAUUAGUAGAAUUAAAAGGAGGAUUUGCAAAUUUGAGGAAUUGCUGA